AUGUAAAAGGUUAUUCUACUAAUCCUUUUGUCAUUGGUAGUCAUUUAAGCUGAAGACACCUAUUUGAAUGUAUAUAGCAAAAACCAAAAAUAUUCAUUCAAAGUAUCACUUGCUAAUUUCGGUUAAUUCAGAUAUGGACAUACUCUAACUGGAAGAAUACAAAUUGGAGCAAACUACACUUAUUGGGGAGAUUAAGUUGAUAUGAAUAGAAUAAAUAAAACAAGCAAUGAAUACGUUAAAGUCAAUAAUACAAAUUUGUUUGAUAAGCCUAAUGGUGUAAAGCUUGAUACAUCUGGAUGCAAAUCUUACUAACAAUUCAACGAUGCCUACAUUUAAAGUUAUGGGUCUCCAAUUUAUAUAGUUGACAGAGGUUAUUGCACCUUUGUCAGAAAGGCAAGUCUUGCAGCUAAAACUGGCAAAAUGUUAAUUAUUAUUGAUAAUAGUGAUAAUGAAGAUGUGACAGAAUCUAUCAUGGGUGACGAUCUUUCAGGUGAAAAGGUAAGGAUUCCAGUUGUCAUGAUUUCAAAAAAAGACGGUUAAAAAAUAAAAAGUUUACUUGAAGAUGAAAUGAGUUAGGAUCAUUUUGAUUCAGAUUUGAUGGUUACAGCUUCAAUUAAAUUCUAUAAGCCAUUCAGUAAGUAAAAAAGUGAAGUUCAAUAUUGGAUGCUUCCUGCUGAGCUCGAUAGCUACAAGUUCUUAUAAAACCAUACCAGCUUCUUGUAAUACUUAGUAUAAUAAGAAAAACUUGUUUUUGAACCUCACUUUGUUCUUUUCCGUUGCAAUGAAGAUUGUUAAGCUAAUUACCAAAGAAAUGGUUAGUCAACUCAAAGCUUUUGUAUUUAGGGUGGUAAGUACUGUCAUCCUGAUCCUGAUGGUAAUGGACCUUUGAGUGGUGUUGAUUCUUUGUAGUUAGCAAUUACUGAAAUGUGCGUCCAAAGCUUAUUCCCAUAAUAUUUCUUUGAUUACUUUACUGAAUAUAAUAAUUGCUAUGGAGGUAAUUCCAAAAAAUUACUUUCAUGCUAAGAAACCGCUUUCAAAAGAGUAGAAGAACUAAAGCCUGAUGCUAAGAAAGAUAGUUUUACCUAUGAAAUUAAAGAAUGUAGAGUGGCAGAAAUAGAAAAAGGUAAAUUGUUAGAAUAAGAAUACAAGUUAUUCACUGAAUAAGGAUUAAAGUUCUAUCCAGCUCUUUUUGUUAAUGGUUCCCCUUACAGAGGUGAUUUGACAUUAAAAGAAAGUGCUUAGGAAUUUAUUUGUGAAGGUUUUGAAAACCUUAAGAAUAUUGAUGCUUGCGAAUAGUUUGAAACCCCAGAAGAAGAUGGAACUAGUAGCAGCAAUGAUAGCAAUUUUAAUUAUGUUAUCAUCACAGUUUGCAUAGUUCUCUUCUUUGUCUUUUUGAUAGGUCUUUUCAUUUACAGAAGAAAGAUUAAAUUAGAAGUUCAAAAGGAAUUAACCAUCCAAGUAGAUGCAGCCAUUCAAUAAUACUACGCAUUAAAUGAAGGCAAGUGA